UGCAGCUAUCAGCAAGGAUAGUGGAGAUGACUCGCGAUGCAAUCUCAUCGAUGAUGCCCCAACCAAGUCCCCAAACAGAGCUCCUGCGGUGGAAAAAUGGCGGAAGCUCUCCGAGGGAAAGGGUAUUAUCAGCCGGGCCCGCAAGGAGUCCGGAGCACCACUCACAAACAGUACCAAAGAUCUAAGAGGAAGAGGAGGGGAUAGUAAUGGGAACAGUGCUGAGGAGAUGGAUGAGGAUGAUGACGAGGAGGACGAUUGCGAUGACGAUAACUAUGAUGAUGACGAUGAUGGGGAUAGUAGUGAAGAUACCCCAAACUUGCAUGGUGAUGAGCUGGAUGAUGUAUUCUGGGAUGAAAAAAGUGAGUUUGGGUUUCUAGAUGAUAAUGAUGAGGAAGAAGAUCGAGAUGAAGAAGAUGGAGAAAUUCAAGGUAUAAAUCUUGGUGAGUACCACUCAGAAAGCAACUUGCUUCACGAGGCAACCUACAUCAAGAAUGGUCACCAUCACCACCACUACCAACAAAAUCACCAACACCACCACUAUCAUACCACCCAAUUAGAUCACAACCAUCACAACCAGCGACGCCCAACUUCACCCUCUGUGAUACCACUACGUCAGAACAAGCUCCUGCAGGGCAAAUGCUACAAGGAGUACAGACUCUCACGGUCCAUGCCCAACCUAGCGGAUGAGGGUCAUUUAGUGCUUUCAAUCAGCAAUGCUCAAGGGCUUUUCCAGAAGGCACAGCAGAAAGUGCGAGGUGGCCGCAGAAUAAGUAGUCGCAGAUACAGGCAUUCCAGAAAGAACAAACCACCAGUUCCUCGAAAGCCUACUCACCUGGCUCAGAAGUUGAAUAACAAUAAGCAAGGCAUCUCUUCUUUGGGUAUAACCUCAAACACCACCACCCCCUCCAAUAUCACACGGACAGCUAGUCCCAAGGUACGUCCGAAAGCACCGCUAACUGCGGCCAAGAGUACGGGUGCUUCCAUUGAGACAAGGAGAGUCAACAAUCUCUCUCAAGACCAAAGGACAUAUGAUCAGGUGUGCUUUGAAGAUCCUGCCACAUUUUCACCGCAGCCAAAGAACAAAAACCUUGAGCGGUUUUUUGGCAUGAAACCAGAAAUGUCACAGCCGAUUACGCGCAUCAAGCCAAUGGAUCCUCUUAGUCCCACUACUGUAGGUGGUACUGGAGGAACCAAAGGGUUCAUGAAUAAGAUCUCAAAGAGAAAAUCAGAUUCAGGUGAUGAUAUGAACAACAGUGAACAUUAUGCUGUUGUGGACCUUCAUGACGAUAGGACUACGGGUAAAGGGUCAAAGGGUAGGAGGGGUGGAAAGAACUCUGCAAAGUCGAGACUCUCGCCCAACAAACCAGAUAUUCAAAGAAACUCUUCAGGGCAAGACACAUCCAAAUUAAGUUCUGAUUCAGGGAUAUCUAUGAAUAUUGACCAUAUGAGAGGCUCAAGAGGGACUUCGUUAACAGGAGGAUUCAAGGACCAACUGGACAAAACAGGUUCAAUAGACUCAGAUUAUGCUGAAGAUGGUAGUACAUAUAGUGAAGACUCUGCACAAGACUCAGAUUCUGAACCAAGUGAAGAAGAUUUUGAGUUAAAGGAAAGACCAGCGGAAAGCAUCACCUUUAUCAAUCAGAGUCACAAAGUGGCCUAUGAAGUGCUGACGUCAGAGAGACAGUAUGUGGAUAGGUUACAUUUAUUACACAAGGUUUUUGAACAGAAAAUAAGAUCUGAAAACAGCAAGCACAACUGGUUUCCCAAAGAUGUUAUCAAUGUCAUCUUCUCCAAUCUCAGUACCAUCUAUGAAUUCCAUAGCAACUUUGUCAUUACACAGCUUGAAGAUAGGAUGAAAGAAUGGGAGAAAAACCCCUGUCUUGGAGAUAUCUUGGUCAGACUUUCUCCUUUUAUGAAGCUCUACACAGACUAUGUAGGGAAUUUUGACAAAGCUGUUGAACGUCUCAACAUGUGGAUGGUGAAGGUUCCAAGCUUUCAGGCGUUAGUACAAGAUAUUCAGAAAAAGCCUAUUUGUGUCAACCUCACCCUGCAACAUCAUAUGCUGGAGCCUGUACAAAGAAUACCCAGAUAUGAACUCUUACUUAAAGAAUACCUCAAGAAGCUACCAGCAGAGUCUUCAGAUAGAGCAGAUGCAGAGAGGGCUCUUGGGCUUAUUUCCACAGCUGCACACCACUCCAAUGAUAUGAUGCAGACAAUGGAUCAUUUCGCCAAGUUGGUGAAACUAAAUGAGAAGAUAGAUUUCAAUGGAGAGACCAUCAUAGAUCCUAGUAGGAGAUUGCUAAAGGAAGGAAAGAUCACGAGAGUUGCAGCUAGGAGCGGAGAUUUAUUAGACAGAUAUCUCUUCUUGUUCAAUGACAUCCUUCUCUGCUGCACUCAAAAACGUCAAAUCACUGGGUCUGUUAGCUACAAAGUCAAAGACAAGAUUGACAUUGAUGGAGUUAAACUUCUUGAUGGCAAUACAUGUACUACAAGGUUUAGAUUAGAGAGGUCUCCCAAGUCAUUAGAGUUUGAAACCAAUACUGAUGAACAGAAAGAGGAAUGGAUGGCUGUGUUGCUAGAAGCCAUCAAGGAAAUGGUCAGGAAAAAGGAUUCUUUCAAGACAAGCACAACACUUUCGGAGAAAGAUGAUGACUAUGCUAUCCCUCUUGGAGAAAGACCACCGAGCUUUGUGAAAGAUGAAGAUACUACGAUGUGUAUGAAAUGUGGAUUAGAGUUCAACUUAACGAGGAGAAGACAUCAUUGUAGAGCUUGUGGUGUGGUUGUUUGUGGAAAAUGUUCAAAGUACACUGCUCCUCUGCCAUAUGAUGACAAGAGACUCAACAAAGUGUGUAGUAAAUGUUAUUAUGCACUCAAAGGAGAAGAGGAUCCUGCAGGAGCAUCAAGAAAGUCAUUUGUAGACAUUGAUGAAAACAAGUCUUAUGCAAGCCAUCUAUGGUACUUCCAACCUAAGGGAUCAACAUGGGUCAGAUACUGGGUUGCAGCUACUGAGCAAGAUCUCUUUGCUCUACGUGCACCCAAGGAUGUCCGAGCAGUGCUAACCCUUCCCAUCAAACUGUAUCAGGCUUAUGAAGUAGAAGAGAAAGAUCGCAUGGAGAGAGACUAUGCAUUCAAGCUGUGUGAAGGUGGCAAUAGUUUCAUCUUUGCAGCAGACAACAAGGAAACCAAAUAUAACUGGCUACUAGUGUUCCAUGAAGGACUCCAGAAGGUUCUUAACUCAUCGGCAUCCAACAAUCGAUCAAGCUCAACCAACUUGUGACCAAAAGUCAACCUGUUGUCUUAUGGCAACCUCUAGAGACUAUUAAACCAUGCAAUGUACCUGUGAUGCUUCUACACCCGCUUUGGUUUUUAUUACAAUAAAGGAUAACAAUGAUAAUAUUGGAUAUAUUCAUAUGGGGUUUAUAUCCACUGAAUAAUGUAACAUGGCCUUGUUGGGUUGCCCAUUAUACCACUCAUUCAAGGAAAUUCUUGUAGCCAUUUACACUUGGGUGGAGGAUGGCAUAUGAAGAUUACCGGCUUGCCAAAGAACAUUUCAACUCAUCAUCAUCCAGCAAGGACUGUUUCAAGAGGAAAAACAGGGGAAAGAUUUCCAUAUCAUGCCCUGAAUUAUAGAAAAUGUGUAAUGUGCAAUCUGGUCUUGAUUGCAUAUUACUGAAAUUAAUAUGCUGGUUAGGAUACUUGUGAUUCUUCUUAGCAUGACCUCUUCUUGUUUCAGAGAACUAAAUGUGCAUAAUGGAUGAAGAACACGCACUACAAAGUGUUUUGGUUAAUGAGGAUCAAGCUCCAGUUACAUCAGACAGAACUAGUAUAUGCUAAUUCAAGGUCUUAGCAGCAUUUUAAAUCAAAUGGUGACUACAAAUUAUUGAAUUAUAAUAAAGUAUUGUAUUUAUGAAUCCUGCUUUCUUAGGCUUUAAUAUAUUUAUGUGAUUGCUUUCAGGAUCAAAUAUUAAACGGUCUCCAAUGUAAAAAAUGUAGGUUUCUACUGGAAAUCAAUUUUGUUUGUAUAAAAUGGACAUCUGCAGUUUGUAAAUAUUCAUAGAUCUAUAGUAGAAACUUGGAGAUUGCUGUAUCAUAGAAAAAGAACAAAAUAUAAUGCCAAAUUAGUUGAGAGUAGAGAGAUGAUUUUUAGAUGGGGUUCAGUACUGGCUUGCUUGUUUUAACUUUCAAUUCCCCCUUCAUAGUGAAAUUAUAUUGAUUUUAGUGAACAAUAUUUGGAAAAUGUUUUGCCAAUAGCAAUUCUUUUUGGUUUUAUUGUCAGUCAUUCUUUUUGAUGUCUUCUCACAAAGAUUUUUGAAAAAGCACAUUUAUUUAAAGUGGAUAUAUAUUGAAGAAUUUGCACAUGCAUAUCAGAAGUCAUUACAUGUAUCAUUGAAACAAAUUUGUAAGUAAUCCUUGCCCAACAGUAUAUAUUCUUUAUUUAAUUAGUAUUUUGUUUUGUAUUUUACCUUUGUGCUAACUCUCAAAAAAUAAUAAUCUUGGUGUAUUUUAUGGUCAUAAGCUUAAAGUGGCACUUAAAACACUACUUAAUAUGAAUAUUCAUUGGAUGAAAUAUUACAAUCAAACAAUUGCGCUGGUCGCUGAAGUAUUAAUGGUAUUUUAAGAUAGCAUGAUAGCUUUUCUUUCACAUCAAGCAGAAAGGUGCACUGUGCAAUUCUAUAUAAACAGUAUAUAAUCAUGUAAAACAUGUUAUGUCUUCCAAUUGAAGUUCCUUCAUAUUACUUACACAAACUUAAAAGUAUAUUUUUGUAGACAUAAUUAUUUUUUUUCCAAUAGCCAUAUAGGGUAUAUCACAUAUCUCUUUACCUAAUGAGUACUACUAUUUCUUGGCUGGUGAAUAAUUUCCCCAAGUAUAUGUCAUAUUGUUCUUUUGGUUUUGCCUUUUUAGUUAAUUUAAUUAAAAGAAAUUUAAGCAAAAAUUGUUACACCAGUAUGUCAUGCCCAUUAGCAGUAGAGACAGACAUUUCUGCCUCAGAAUUGCUUGGACACAACAGACUGGAAAGAGUAAACGAUUAUUGAAGAAUAUUAUACUAUUAAUAAUAUUGGGAGAUAUUCUCAUAAGUUAACCUGGGUUAAAAAGAAAGAAAAAAAAAGAAUCAUGUUCCAUGCUUCUAUGGGAUGCUAGAUUUUAUUUGCUUGUUCAAUAUUCAUAAUAGAUCAUUGAAAUCAGAUUAACAAUCAUAUUUUUUUCUUUUAAUUUCACCACAAAAUUAAUAUUUACAUGUAAACACUGUUUGUGGCAGGAUUGAAAUAAUCUUAAUGAAUGAGUUGCUUAAUUCAAGUAAAAUUCAAAUUAUUCAAGGGUAAAUGUUAUCAAUGCUAUUCAUAGAAUAUCAACCACUGAGAUUAAAUCAUCAAUUCAGCCUUUGUUAAAUUUUGAGUUGCAAUGUGUAGAGUGUUUCCAGCUUUCAGUAUUUAUUUUCAAUAUUUAUUUUUUAAGAUGAAAAAGUUUUUGAUUUUUUUAAUAGAGUGGAGAUUGUAUGCUUGAUAUAGCAAGUAGUAAACUCUUCCCAAGUCUCUUAUUUUUCAUAGUAUAUUUCACUCAUUAUAAAUUCAAUAUUUUUUUUUAAUGAUUAAAUAAGAGCAUUGUAUACGCAAUUUUCGUUGAAAUCCUAUGGCACAAAAUACCUUUAAAGCAAAGGACAUUUAUAAUUUCUUUCCUAGCUCAUUAGACAUAUUGUUUGAUAAUGUAUAUAGUUAUGUGUAAUGUACAUGUAUGUAUACUUCUUGUACAAAUAUUUUAUACAAAGGAUUAUAAGGUUUUGGCCUAUUGAUGAAUUAUUUGUAUUUUCCAUAGAAGAUGUAUCAAGAUGGUUAUGUUUACAUGUCUGUUAAAUUGUGAGCAAUAAAAUCAAUGUAAAAUGAUAUAAGGUACCUUUUAUCAAAAUUAUGUCUCCUGUGGAGGGAACUAAACAUAAUACAAAAUGUAAGUUCCUUCUGAAUCAAAAUAGCCUGAUCCUUCAACAAAAAAGGUUCUAAGGAAAUAAUUUGUUAGAUGUAUUUUUUCACUCAUUGACUAAUUUGUGUGUAAAAAUUAAGUACAUCAUUAAGAUCAUAAAUAUCAGAGCACAUGUAAAAGGCAAAAUUAUCAAUCCAAGAGUUACAAGUCAUUUUCUGAAUUUAUUUAGUCAUAUUAUUAUUCUGGUGAAUGUUCACAUAAUACAAUUGGUUAUUAUUCAUUGAUAAACAAGUCGCACAUAUCCUGAUAGUUACUAUGCAUAACAUUGGUUAAUGAAUACAUUUUCAUGAAAAAUUUUAAAAUUUCAUCCCUCCUAAAUUUGGGAUUGCUAAAUCCAUCUAAAAAAGACAAGCAGGUGCAGGCAAAACGUCGCAAUUUCAGUUUGCCGCAUCACGAGACAACAGAUUAUUUCCUUUACCGAUUCCAUUAGGAUUAUUGAGGGGGGGGGGGCGGGGGAUUCGAGAUUUUGUUACCUUAAGAAAUCAAUUCAUAUAAUAAGUUCAAAAUCACAACUUGUCUGGUGGAUGAGUUAGCACUUGUAAUAAGCAGCACGAGAUUUUAAAACUCUCUUAAAAUGAAAAAAAAAGAAACCUUCUGUGAAGAGUGUGAGUAUAAGAGUUCAUCUGUGCUCAUUAAAGCAUGAUAUAACUGAUCAAUUUAAUUUUUACACAGAAGGUAGUCAAUAGAAGUUGGAACAGUUCUAUCAGGUCAUUUUGUUGAAAACCUCUUGGUUGGAAAAAAAAUGCUGAUUUUGAUUUCGGGGAACUUUCUAUUUUGUGGUAUGUUCAUAUUGAUUUUUGAAUUAACUAUGCAGACGGAAUGUGUAUGUCAGAAUAUAUCAACUAUCCUGCAUGUUUCUUAGAACGAGGUUUAUUUCCACAAGUAGUAGUAAAAUACAUUGUCAGUUUGUCAAACGUAUCCACAUACAUAUUGUUUUUACCUUCCCAGGAUGGAAAUUAUAUUGUGCGCCUCCUGUCGGAGGUUAUAGCUUUUCCAGUUUUCACUGGUAUUAGAGUGAAGUUGAUAUAAACAACUACAAGCAAUAUACUCUUGGGAGGCUUUUCAAAAGAUUUGUAUUCUUUUAUUACAUCAAUUUUUGAGCUUGCUCAUGAAGCUGUAUGAGUUUUUAUAUGCUCCCAUUCAUGCAAAUUAUUUUCAAAAUUUCUAUGACUCCCAAAGUGCUAUAUGCCUCUUGUGUCCUGUGGCAAAUCAGGUCUUUUACAGUGGUGCAUACAAACCAUAUUGGAUGGUAACAGAAAAGAUUUCAAAUAUCAUAUGAAGCACUUCCAUAAAAAUUAUUCAGAACCCCUAAUAUCGAUAAAUAAAUAUGCUAAAAAAGAGCAACGCCAGAUUAAAAGAGGACGUUCACCCUGUCAUUAAGUAGGUUUAAUAAAAGCAUAGUGAGAGAAACAUUGCAAUGAAUGGAAAAAUCCAUCAAAGAAUAAAGAGAAGUGAAUUUGUAAAGUUUUUAUUUUGUUUUGUGAUGACAUGUAACUCUCCUAUCAUGUUAUUUAAUAUGACGUAAAAUCUAUAAAGUGACCUUUUGAAUGGGUUAUGAUAAAACAUUUCGUUUUAAAAGUAUGUGCAGAAAAUAUUUUUCUGAUAUACUGAAGGCACUGGUGAAGUCACUUUUAAUUUCUAAAAACAAAGGAAAUUUAUUGAAAUUAUUGUAUGCAUAAAUGUGGGAGCUGCUCGAAUGUGGCAUCACAAAAUUAACUUCAUUCUCUUAUGAAUCAUGGAUUUUUCACCAAACUUUGACAUUUCUCACAUCGAUCCACUUUUCUUGAAACCAACUUAACUUCAGGGUAGACUUUAUCGUCAGUAUCAUAUUAAUUUAAUUUCAUCAGAUAUUUCUGAAAUUUGAUGUUCAAGUCAGGUGUGUGGAUAUCAAAUUUUGUAUAAACAUACAGUUCAAUGAUUAUCUCACCUAUGUAUUACUACAUGUAGCAGUUGUAUGUAGGCAGACUAUUAGUGUUCAUGAUACAGUCUAUAUUAAACACAUCAUCCCUCAAAGUCUUCCACUAUGAUAUUGUACACAUAAUAAAUUUGCUCAACUCACUUGAUGUUUAUUUGGUUUGCAGGCAGUUUUUAUUUCAUGGAACAUCUUUUGCAUGUAAUUCAUUUCAAGUGUAUGAUAUAAGAAACAAAUUGACAGAUGAGUUAGGGGUGGAGAAAAGGCAUGAAAGAGAGAUGUAUUAGCUGAAAAGCAUGGGAGAGAAGAAAACAAGGGCAAUAGAUCAAAUUUAAAAAAAAAUAUGAGAGAGAAGGAAGGAGAGAUGGAGAGCAAAAAUAGAAAAAGAAUACAAGACUGCAAACUCAUUUGUGAAAUAAAUUGUGGUGUGUAAAGAAAUUAUCAAAAUAUAUAUAUUUACAUAUUUGUACAGGUAAGAAUGUAUAUAUCGUACAUUAAUACAUUUAUGAAGCAUUUGAGGAAUACCUCUAAAGAUACUAAAGAUAAUUUAUAUGCAUCUGACAAAUGUUUGAUAUAGCAGUUUGGCAUUUUAAUUAUCAGCUUUUCAAACUUUUUAAAUAUUAAGACUCUUAA